AUGGCGACCAACGAUGGGAAGAGCUUCCCUCCGAGGAAAUGGUACAGGAGAGUACCGCUUCUAUCGACAACGCCAAUUGAGCAGCGUCUCACUGCACCAAAAUCUUCCCCUUCACCUGCAAAUGUCGAAGACCAGAACAACGGACAUCAUGACAAACUUCCCCUUCCUGAGGCAAACGCCAAUUGGCUGUCUGUCGUGACAUUCAACUGGUUGGGUCGUCUUUUGCGAACUGGUUAUACCAGACCCCUUCAAACCGACGAUUUGUAUGACAUGCCAAGUCACAGAUUGGUAGAAGAUCACUCAAAUCGACUUGAAGAGGCUUGGGCUGCAAGACUGUCUACCAACCGCAGCAGAAAGCCAGUGAACUCCAAGAACCCACUAUCAUGGCGACCGUUUUGGGCAAGACAUACAACCGACACGACUGUCUUGACAUUGGCCCUUAACGAUGUAUGCUUUAAAUGGUUCUGGAUAGGUGGCAUACUGAAGCUGGCCGGCGAUCUAUCCCAAAUGAUCUCACCCCUUCUCAUCCGUUUCCUCAUCAGCACUCUAUCAGACUCAUCGCAGCAAGGGCUUCGCUCAGGCUUUGGCUAUGCAGUUGGUUUAUUCGUUCUUCUCGUCUUUUCAGUCACUUCCAAUGUUCACGGCUUCUACCGCUCUUACACGACUGGAAUCUUACUUCGCGGUGCUCUGAUGCAUGUCAUCUAUCGCCGGGCAACGACACAGCUGAGUGAACGCGCAAAGCUGAAACAUGGCCUCGGAACAGGCAAGCUCAUGAGUCUCAUCAGCGCUGAUGUUACUCGCGUGGACUUUUGCUGUGGAUACUUUCAUGUUGCUUGGACAAGUAUCUUCCAGAUGCUGCUUUGUUUCGGUCUGGCUGUCUGGACGAUGGGAUACAGUGCGUUACCUGGCUUUGGUUUACUGGCUUUACUGUAUCCUCUUCAAUCAUUCAUGAUGCGUCGGCUUCUCCUUCUUCGACGAGGAAGUAUGCCCUUCACAGACGCGCGUGUCAAAGCUGUUGUCGAGGCCGUAUCUGCCAUUCGCCUGGUCAAGACAAACGCUUACGAAGAGAGCUUACUUUCCAAGAUUGGAAAGUUGCGAGCUGACGAAGUUGUUUACAUUCGCAAGCGAAUGCUUCUGAGAGCUCUUAACACUGCCAUAUCUUACACUGCUCCUACUUUGGCUUCAGUCGUCAGCAUUGUCUGCUAUGGAGCGACGUCUGAGAACGGCAUGGAUGCUGGGGUCGUAUUUUCCGGACUUGCCUAUUUCAUGCUUCUGAGAACACCUCUUAUGGCAUUGCCUACAUCUCUUUCAGCUAUUGCUGAUGCCAGAGCUGCACUGGAGCGAUUGGCCGCGUUUAUGCUGGCUUCUGACAAUGACGGUCAGAAGUCGCAUGAACAGUCUGACUUGGGUUACUCUUCUGACAAUUCCGAGUCUGAUAGUGUGAUUCGAGUUGAAGAUGCCACUUUUGCUUAUCACGACGAUGAGCAGCUCUUGGCUGCGGAUGAGAAGAGGGAGCCAGAGACAUCGACUACAAGUCAGCGACUUUGGCUUGACUCAUUCACUGUCAAGCGCAAUCAACUCGUAUGCAUCGUCGGUGCCGUCGCAUCCGGCAAGUCCUCUGUGUUGAAAGCCCUUCUGGGCGACCUUCAGCUCGUCCAAGCACGAUCUUUUCACCUCGGCCUCGACAAGUCUUCUUCUCAGAUCGCAUUUGCACCUCAGAGUGCCUGGCUACUAAGCGAGACUGUACGAGAAAACAUCGUGUUUGGCAGACCCUUUGACCACGCAUGGUACAAUGAAGUCCUUACCAGAUGCUGCCUUCACCCGGAUAUGAAGGUCUUGCCAGACGGUGACAUGACUGUUGUUGGCGAAAACGGUGUUUCACUAUCUGGUGGUCAGAAGCAGCGUAUCAGUCUUGCCAGAGCCAUCUAUGGUAGAAGUUCGCUUCUUUUCCUCGAUGAUUGUUUCUCUGCUUUGGAUGCUCAUGUUGGUGCUCGUGUCUUUGACAUGGUGGUCAAUCAGGCGCGUCGCAACAACGAGGGUACUAUUGUCUUGGUUACCCACUCUAUUCGCUUUGCUAGACAAGCAGAUCAUAUUGUUUACAUGGAGAAGGGACGCAUCUCUGAGCAGGGUUCGUAUGAGCAGUUGCAGAGUCUGGAUGGCGCUUUCACUCAGUUUGCUGGAUCUCAACCUUUGAUUGCAGAGUCUGACUCGGGUUCCGAGACGGCUAGCAGCCAUGGUUCUGAAAAGGCUCCUGAUGAGAAGGCCACUGAGAAAGAAACUCUCGACGUCAAGACCAAGGAGAAACCAUCUACAACACGCGGGAAGGAGGUGAUGCAAACAGAGGAACGAGUCGUCGGCUCCGUCAGCGGCAGAACCUACAUCCGAUACGCGCAGUUUGGCAACGCUUUGAUUACAGUUCCUCUUCUGCUUCUCUCUAUUGCCAUCUAUCAAGGUACCAGCAUUGUCUCACCUCUUUGGCUGAGCUGGUGGCAAAAGAAUCAGUACACAUCCAUCUCUGAAGAUGCGUACAUGGGCGGCUACGCAGCAUUUGGUGCAGGCCAGUCCAUCGGCUUAUUCUGUAUGAGCGCUACGUUUGCACUCUUUUGCUUCUGGUGCUCCAACAAGCUCCAUCAUGCUUCCAUGUCCAAGGUCUUGCUCGCACCAGUCGCUUUCUUUGAUACCACGCCUCAGGGAAGAAUCACACAUCGCUUCAGCAAGGAUGUUGAUGCUGUUGAUAACGUGGUCGGUGAGACUUUGCGACUCUUCAUCUCUACAUUUGUGCAGGUUUUGGGCACGAUUAUCGUCGUGAGCAUUAUCGUGCCAGCGUUCUUGGCAAUCGCAUUUGCUCUGUUGUUAAUCUACACAUGGACUGGAAUGUACUAUCGACCCUCGUCGCGAGAGCUUCGGCGUCUCAACAAUCUGCUUCGAAGUCGCAUCUACGAGCAUUUCGGAGAAUCUCUUUCGGGUCUACCAACCCUGAAGGCAUUUGGUGCAGUGCCACGCUUCGUCGAUGACAAUGCCCGUAAGAUCGACACCGAGAACACAGCUUACUGGCUCUCAGUCGCUUGUCAGAGAUGGCUCAACCUGCGACUUGAUCUAUGUGGUGCUACUCUCGUACUAGCUGCGGGUUUACUCGUUGUUGGUCUGCGAGGUACCAUUGAUCCCUCCUCUGGUGGUGUAGUCUUGUCAUACAUCGUCACUGCACAAGCAGUCUUUGGAAACAUGAUUCGCCAAAGCGCAGAGAUUGAGAAUAACAUGAACUCUGUGGAGAGAAUGCUCCACUACGCUUACAACAUCGAGCAAGAGCCUGAACAUCGGGUUGAGCAGGUUGACAAGGAGUUGGAGACGAGCCAAUGGCCGAGUGCUGGACAUGUCGAGUUCCAGUCUUUUACUCUCAGCCAUAGACCUGGCUUAGACCCUGCGCUGAAGGAUGUGAAUCUGGAUAUCAAGCCUGGUGAGAAGAUUGGGGUCGUUGGACGUACGGGAGCUGGCAAGACAACAUUAAUCUCUGCUCUGCUGCGAAUCACCGAGCCUACAAACGGUCGGAUUCUCAUCGACGGCGUCGACAUCCACACGGUCGGCCUCCACCUCCUUCGAUCCAAUCUGUCAGUCAUCAGCCAGGACGCAGUCUUGUUAGCUGGCACUAUCCGCUACAAUCUCGACCCCUUCCAACAAUACGACGACGAAUGGCUUCGACAAUGCUUAGAUCGUGUCGGUCUCAGCCAAAUACCCUCAAACACAGACGCCGAGAAGCAAGACUCUGACUCGAGCGGGGAUGCACCCAGCCUCAACCUCGACUCGGAAGUCAAAGAAAACGGGUCCAAUAUCUCACAAGGACAGCGUUCCUUGAUCUCUAUCGCCCGCGCUCUUGUGCGCAAGUCAAGGAUUGUCAUUCUUGACGAAGCCACAGCUUCAAUUGAUGGCAGAUCAGAUGCAAAGCUCCAAGCUAUGCUGAAUGAGGUCGUGGGCGAUGCGACUGUUCUCACCGUGGCUCAUCGGCUGGACACUAUAGUUUCUACGUGCGACAAGGUUGUUGUCAUGGAUAGUGGACGUGUAGUCGAGUUUGCUACAGUUUCUGAGCUUUAUGCCCAGCACGAUAGUAUUUUUAGAUCCCUCUGCGAUGCUGCAAAGAUUUCGCUUUGA